CACCGAUCCACGGAAAGAGCCGAAGAUGUCGGCUCGGUCCAAUCACAGCUGAUCACUGAUGAUCAGUGUGCCCUGAUGAUCAGUGUAGCCCCAGCAGUGUCACCUGUCAGUGCUCAUCAGUGCCACGUGCCAGUGCCCAUCAGUGCCGCAUCAAUGACACAUAUCAGUGCCCAUCUGAGCUGCCUUUCAGUGUCACCCAUCAGUGCCAGUCAGUGCCACCUAUCAAUGCCAAUAAGUGCCACCUAUCAGUGGUGCCAAUCAGUGUCACCUAUCAGUGCCAGUCAGUGCCGUCUAUCAGUGCCCAUCAGUGCCACCUAA